UGACGGUAGACGGAGGAGGAAGAUGAGGGAGAAAAACAUAGAACUUAAUUUUUUAUUUUUGUUUACUUAGUUGCCACGUCUUGUACACGUGUCUCUGACUUGGACUUUCAGUAAAAAUACAUGUCAUAUCAGUAUAUAAGAUAGUGAUGUUUAAUCACGGAAUACUUUCUCCAUUUACUAUUAUAAAUAGUAAUUUAUUAGUAUUCAAACAUAGGUCACCAUAUUUGUAAGAAUUGCUUUCUUUUUUUGACUUAGUCAAAGAAUUGGACCCAACAGAAAAAAUGAUAGACAAAAGAAAAUGAAAAGAUAAGUGGAUGUUUAGCCAUUAAAGGGGAAAGCACUUGCACGGGAAGGAAAGAGGAGAGGAAAGAAAAUAAACAGAGAAAGAAGAAGAGGAAGAAGGAAGGAAGGAAGGGGUUCCAGGUACACGAUCCGGAUAUUCCGACAAGCCAACUCAACUCCGAAUCGCGAUGCCGGAUUGUAAGUUCAACAGUUCAAGUAUUCUCUGUUGUUUGGUCAUAGGCAUUCUUGGUCCCUUAGUUAGUGGCCGUUAAAAUGAGAGUGUUACAGCAGGCACUUUUGGGAAUUGAAUUUUGGUGGUUUGAGAUUGCUUCCUUUGGAUAGAAGGAUAGCUGUGUCAUCUCCUUUUCUACUAGGAUUUAGGGCAUGACAAUAUCUUGAAUCCUAUGGCUGGCUAGAUCAUUUCAUGGUGAUAAUGGAAAAGUCUCCGAAUGAAUCCAUGUCUGGUGACACGAAAGAUAAUACUAAAGGGCAAUUGAAAGUGAUCAAACAGGCUAUAGACUGCCUAGAUACCGAUGUUAACCUGUCCGACAAGUUAGAGGGCUUUGUGCAAGAUUACAAGGCAAAAUUAAAAUCGAAACCUCGACAGAAUCUGAGGCAAGUUCCACCUCCGAUAAUCUCUGGAGAAUGGAAACUUGUGCGGAAAGACAUUAUUGAGAAACUUCAGCCUAGUUUUUGCAAUAUAAAUAGUUCUCAGUUGAGCGAUAUAAAUAGAUCUCAGUUGAGGCUAUGCCUUCUUUCUUUGGCGAUUUUCCCGGAAAAUUCCAUCAUAAAGAAGAGGAGUUUAAUAUAUUGGUGGAUAGGAGGGGGCUUAGUUUCCCAAGGAGGAGGCAAGACGGCAGAGCAAGUGGGUGAGGGAGUCUACAAUGAGCUCCUAAAGCAAGGCCUGAUUGAACCCGAUGAAAACGAUCGAAGCCCUCUCAUGAAUAGAUGUAAAAUGAACCCAUUGAUCCGUUACAUGCUUAUUUCGGUGGCAGAAGAAGCAGGGUUCUUCUAUUUCCCCUCGAAGGAUAAUAAUACUCCUCCUGAGGAUCUCCGAAAUUGCUCUUUAAGCAGCAGCCACCUGCGCUUAAUAGUAGGUGGAGAAGACGGUCCAGAUUAUGAAAAACUGGCCAAAGAUGAAGAAGUAUCCACCGUGUUCAAUGUUAAUGAGCAAUACCUUAAGCUACCACACCAUUGGCUUUCGAAUAUGAGAAAAUUGAAGGUUCUUCAAUUAGGACGAUGGCAGCACUCGCCAAUGCAUCAUAUUGAAGUGGAUGAUCAGAAAUUCUUGGAUGAACUUGGGGUUCAUCACAAGCAUUUGAAGUUCCUAAGUCUUAGAGGAAUUUCUAGAAUCACAUCUCUUCCUGAUUCUAUUGUCCAAUUAGUCAACCUAGAGAUUCUGGACCUCCGAGCGUGCCACAAUUUGGAAAAGUUGCCUGAAGAUAUAGCAUCAUUGAAGAAGCUAACACAUCUGGAUGUAUCGGAGUGCUACCUUAUAGAGCGCAUGCCGAAAGGAACCGAGGAACUUUCCUCCCUCCAGGUCUUAAAGGGGUUUGUUGUAGGGACCACGAGGAAAAACCCUUGCACGAUCAGGAAUUUGCAAAACUUGAGUCAACUGAGACGGCUAAGUAUAUACAUAGGCCGUGGAGCAGCCAGAUGGGAAGAACAAUUUGAAUCGUUGACGGAGGUUAAAUCUCUUCGCUCUUUAACCAUCUCUUGGGGAGUCGCUUCUCAGGAAAUGCGUGAGAUAAAUUCGUUUCUUCCACGACAAUUGGAGAAACUAGAGCUCAUAGGUAUCCCAGUGGAAAGCAUACCGAAGUGGUUGAACCCUCAAGAAUUGAAGAACCUGAAGAAGCUGUACAUCAUUGGAGGGAAGAACCUGGCGAGGUGGGAUCACCAGCAACAGAAUGAGCAAUGGUCAGUUGAGAUAUUGCGGCUGAAACACCUUAAGGAAUUUAGGAUCGGAAACAAGGAAGAUGUGCUGAAAAAGUUUCCUCGGUUAAGAUUCUUCGAGAAAAUCAAUUGUCCUACUGCUGACAACGAUAUCUUGUGGUACAAGAGUAGGGCAGUCUAGAAAGGAUUGUGAACUGUUAUCAAGAAGCCCAGGGGAGAGAGAACCAGAGUUCGUGUAGAAACUGUUCUUAUUUGAGAAGGGAUGUAGCGAUAGUAAGGCUCGUGUACCAAUACUGUCACAUGACAAAUGAAUAGUCCUUUGCUAUUGAAGCUUUAUCUGACUUCUUGUUUGUCUAAUUUCCAUUGUAAUUACUUGCAGUGGUCAUACGAUUGCUACUCAUAAAGUUUGUUUGAGAUCUUUGGCUAUUUGAUUAGAGUACUAGCUACAGGUAUUAGCAGAGUUCCUUUUAAUUGCUGAAUCAUUUACAUUAGUUAAGUCGUAGCUGAGUAGAAUGAGCCUUUGUGAGGCAAGAAUGUAAUACAAUUUCAAUCUGAUGCCUUGGAAUGGAAAAGUAAAAUGAAGU